GGUCUUCUUGGGAAGUGGUCUAACCUUAAACAAUCAAGACUCCAGUAGCAUUUGGAAGGAAAGUCAUGUCUUUCUCUAAGUAUGUACACCAUAAAGAGGUCACCAUGCUUGCUGACAGUGAGAACAAUUUUACACGUGAUUUAUAUGUGAAACUGGCCCAGAAGAGUUCGGGAAAUCUUUUCUUUUCCCCCUUCAGUAUAAUGACUGCCUUGGGAAUGACCUAUGGUGGGGCUGCUGGCAAUACUGAGACUGAGAUGCGUUCAGUUAUGCAUCUAUCCAAGGAUAAGGAAGCAAUCCAUAAUGCCUUCCAUGAUAUUAUCGCAGAUCUGAAGACUGAAGUAAUUCACUAUGAGCUAAGGACAUCCAAUAUGGCAUACAUAUCUGACAGAUUAACUGUCUUGAGUGACUUCAACAACAUCUUGAAAGAAAAGUACCUCAGCUCCUCAAAGACAGUAAAUUUUGAAGAAGAUGAAAAAGUACGGAAAGAGAUAAACACAACUGUGGAAAACGAAACCAACUCGCGCAUUAAGGAUCUUAUUCCCUCAGGAGUCCUUAAUAAUUUGACAAGGAUGGUCUUGGUAAAUGCAGUGUACUUUAAGGGGCUCUGGGAGAAUCAGUUCAGGGAAUCUGCUACCCGUGACGGAGAGUUUUGGAUAACAGGGAGUAAGAACGUCAAGGUGCCAAUGAUGCACAUUAAGAAAGACUUUUGCAUGCUGCACAAUGCAAACCUUAAGGCAACAAUUCUUGCAAUGGACUAUAAGGGGUCAAGGCUGAGCAUGGUAUUUGUGUUGCCUGACAAACGUGAUGGACUAGCAGAGGUUGAGGCUAAUCUAGCCAAUGUAGAUUUUAGUAAAAUUGAUAAAAAUCUACCAAAAGAUGAAGUGGAAGUUACUCUACCAAAAUUCAAGCUUGAAGAAUCAUUAGAUUUGAUUAAUCAUUUGAAUGAGAUGGGAAUGAGGGACUUGUUUGAUGAAGGAAGAUGUAAUUUGUCUGGAAUCACAGGCUCCCAAGAUCUGCAUGUUUCUAAAGUUAUUCACAAGGCUUUCUUGGAGGUCAAUGAAAAAGGCAGUGAGGCUGCUGCUGCUACAGGUAUGUGGGGGAUAAUGUGUGCUCAGCUGAAUCCUGAGUUUGUUGCUGACCAUCCAUUCCUGUUCUUUAUUAGAGACCGAAGAACAGGAUUAGCUUUAUUUGCUGGUAGAUUUGUUAUGCCAUAAUCCACCUCUGCUUAAGAUGAAGGUUUAUUUGUUCGCACUGUAUUUUGUUACAUUUAGCUCUCCUGGCACUGUACCAUUCACUCAUAUACCCUUAUCUUACAUAUGGAAUUUGUGCAUGGGAAUCAACAACAUCCAAUCACCUAAAACCCCUAAUAACCUAGCAAAAGGCAGCAGUAAGAAUGAUAACAAAUUCCCACUCUUGCCAGCAUACUCCACCAAUUUUCAAAAGUCUGAAUCUGCUCACCAUUAAGAACAUCCAUACUUAUUCAUGUGCCUACUACAUACACAGAACAAUACAUGCAAAUAUAAACCCUCCACUCAAACUUCUCCUCACCAACCUAAACAGGACACAUGACCACAACACAAGACACAGAUCUCUUUUUGAUAUACCUUGUGUCCAUAUCACACUGUGUAAAAACUCUAUGCACAUAAAGGGCCCCAAAAUAUGGAAUUCAUUACCAGAAGAUAUUAAAGUAACCCAGUCUGAAAAUCAAUUUUAGACUCUUCUCAAAAGCCACUUAAUCACCCUAGACUAAAUGCUAAAUACUCAGUACACGCAUACUCACUUAUGUACUCCCACAUCAUAACUUCAACAAUUACUUUGAGCCUUUUAUCCAUUGUUGACAGGAAUAUAAUUGAAUCAUUGUUUUCACAAAAAGCAUUUUCAAAUAUAUGAAUAUAUCUUUUGUCUUAUACAGUACAAAUUUUGAUUCAUUUAUAAUUAAUAAUCUAGUGUACAACUAUGAAAUAAUUACUAUCCUACUAUACAACUAUGAUACAAUCCUUAGUGUUAAGUAGUCUGUAAGUCAAUAAUGUUAAGUUGGCCCAUAAUGCCUAGGCAUAAUAGAGGCUCUCUCUGCAUUGCAACCCACUAUUGUAAAUACAAAAUCUCAAUGUACUGUUUGCAAAGACAUAAAUAAAUAUAAUGUAAUACCAGAAUGUGAUAUGUAUAUACAUCUUGAAUUAAACAUUUUCAUAUAUACUAUACAGUAUUUGGAAUAUUUGGGGUAUUGGCAGUAUCUGAGUGCCUCUGCAAAGAUAGUGAUUAUGUAUAAGUGGUGGUGAAAGUGUUGAAUGAUAAAAAUUUUUUCUUCUUUUUAGGUUUUUUUCUUUCUUUUUGGGUCACCCUCCCUUGGUAAGAAAUGACCGGCAUGUUAAAAAAAAAAAUUAAAGUAUGCUCUUACAAUAAAUAUACUGAUAGUCA